AAGAAUUAGGAGCUGCUGACAUUUCAGUCAAUAUGAAGGACAACUUCACCCUUGCCACCAUCAGCAAAAACAUUACCAGCAGUCUUCACGUCGGACUUGUGAACAUUUCUGGCAAUGAGUCUACCUUUAACUGCUCCCAUAAGCCAUCAGAUAAGCAUUUAGAUGCAAUUCCUAUUCUCUACUACAUUAUUUUCGUGGUUGGAUUUCUUGUCAAUACUAUCGUGGUUACACUGUUUUGUUGUCAAAAGGGUCCUAAAAAGGUUUCCAGCAUUUACAUCUUCAACCUGGCUGUGGCUGACUUACUGCUUUUGGCUACUCUUCCUCUCUGGGCAACCUAUUAUUCUUACAGAUAUGACUGGCUCUUUGGACCUGUAAUGUGUAAAGUUUUUGGUUCUUUCCUGACCCUGAACAUGUUUGCAAGCAUUUUUUUUAUCACGUGCAUGAGUGUUGAUAGGUACCAAUCUGUCAUCUACCCCUUUCUGUCUCAAAGAAGAAAUCCCUGGCAAGCAUCUUAUAUAGUUCCACUUGUUUGGUGUAUGGCCUGUCUGUCCUCAUUGCCAACAUUUUACUUCCGAGAUGUCAGAACAAUUGAAUAUUUAGGAGUGAAUGCUUGCAUUAUGGCUUUCCCACCUGAGAAGUAUGCCCAAUGGUCAGCUGGGAUUGCCUUAAUGAAAAAUAUCCUUGGUUUUAUUAUCCCUUUAAUAUUCAUAGCAACAUGCUAUUUUGGAAUCAGAAAACACCUACUGAAGACCAAUAGCUAUGGGAAGAACAGAAUAACUCGUGACCAAGUCCUGAAGAUGGCAGCUGCUGUUGUUCUGGCGUUCAUCAUCUGUUGGCUUCCCUUCCAUGUUCUGACCUUCCUGGAUGCUCUGGCCUGGAUGGGUGUCAUUAAUAGCUGUGAAGUUAUAGCAGUCAUUGACCUGGCACUUCCUUUUGCCAUCCUCCUGGGAUUCACCAACAGCUGCAUUAAUCCCUUUUUGUAUUGUUUUGUUGGAAACCGGUUCCAACAGAAGCUCCGCCGUGUGUUUAGGGUUCCAAUUACUUGGCUCCAAGGCAAGAGAGAGAGUGUGUCAUGCCGAAAAAGCAGUUCCCUUAGAGAAAUGGAGACCUUUGUGUCUUAA